AUGAUCGUCACCUUUGCGACACCAACUGCUCCAAAGGCUGUUAUUAUCAGUGUUGAAGAGAUCAAACUGCAAGAUGGCCGACGUGCCGACCGAGCCAAAGCAAGCUAUGCUAAACCUGCCCUUCUGGACGUGGAUAAGAACUCGCGCAGAGUUGUUCUCAAGAUGUUUACAGCGGCUUUCACCAUCAAUCUACAAGGGGGCCCGGUCUACUUCAACUUCAAAACCGAUGCCUUGGUCUAUGACUGCCGCAGAUCCAUGCAGAUAUUCAACGGAUUUGACCUGUGGGACUGGUAUGGACUCGAACCUCCAUGCGAUGUGUCUCCCAACCAGCAUCCAAUCCUCAUGAUUGGAUUUAUACACCCAGGUUAUUACUGGCUCUCGCCACAACUCUUGAACAUGAUGGGCAGGCCAGCAUAUGUCACGUUUCUUCACAAAUCUGGGGUCGACUUCAGGAACAGUGAGCACAAACUGUCUGAGACCUAUAAACUUCCCAAGAUUUCUUUCAAGACACCUUUGCAGAUGCUCAAGUGGUUGGACGAGAUCAAGAAUACUACCACUGAGGAAGAGACCCGUCGUAUCAAGGAGAUCGAGGCAAUUCGGGACAUUCGGGUCGUUGACUGA